AUGAAUGGAACAAAAAUAGUAUUGAAUAAAAGUGAAAAAAUAAAUCAAAAGUCCCUUAAUGGACACUUAAAUCAUAUUAAUGGAGAACAAAAACCUGAUGGAAGAGUGUUAGUCAUCUACACAGGCGGUACUAUUGGAAUGAUAAGAAACGCACAAGGAGUUCUCUCACCAUUACCCAAUGCGUUUAUUGAAACGGUCAAAAGUUAUCCUCAUAUGCAUGACCGUACUUAUGCAGAAGAAUUUAUAGGAUGUUCAGACUCUCUAGUACUGCCAUUGAAAGGUACAGAUAGUCGACGAGUGAUUUACAAUAUUGUGGAAUAUUCUCCUCUUUUAGACUCUAGUAAUAUGACGAUGGAUGAUUGGAUAAAAAUAGCAACUGACAUAAAAGAAUCAUAUGAAAAUUACGAUGGAUUCGUCGUGCUACACGGCACAGAUACACUGAGUUACACCGCGUCAGCACUUUCAUUCAUGCUCGAGGCGCUUGGAAAAAUAGUCGUGAUAACUGGCUCCCAGCUACCAAUUUUUGACACGCGCAGUGAUGGCCUUCACAAUUUUUUGACUUCUCUCGUAAUUGCUGGUACUUACAGUAUACCAGAGGUUUGUGUAUUUUUCGGCUCGCAUCUUAUGCGAGGUAAUCGCACCAGUAAAGCUGCUGCUGCAUCAUUCGAAGCAUUUACAUCUCCAAACUGUACGCCCCUCGCUGUCGCUGGUAUUAAGAUCGAAAUCAAUUAUCAGUCAAUCUUUCGACCUUGCGCCUUGGAAAAAUUUAAUGUGCACAAGACAUUAAACCGUAACGUCGGGUUACUUAGAAUUUUUCCGAGUAUUACAACUGACUUAGUAAGGGCAUUCGUUCAGCCACCCAUCGAAGGAGUUGUUCUUCAGACUUACGGGGCUGGAAAUAUUCCAGGAAAUCGCGAAGAUAUACUUAAUGUAUUACGAGAUGCUACAAAACGCGGUGUUAUUAUUAUUAACAUCACUCAGUGUUACAAAGACGGGGUUACAGAUCUCUAUGAAGCUGGAAAAGUAUUACUCGACGCCGGUGUAACUUUGGGCUAUGAUAUGACACCAGAAGCAGCUUUAACGAAGCUAGCAUACGUAUUAUCAAAAACAGAAUGGGAUAUUGUCACCAAGAGACGAAUGAUGGAAACGAAUUUACGUGGUGAAAUCACAACUCAUCACAGUGUCAAAAUACAAGAUCGCAAAGUAAUUAUGCGUAUGCUUGGUUUAAAUUCGGAGGCUGAGCUUGAUAAACUCGGACCGAUAAUAUUUCCUGCGUUGAUGAUUGAUGCUGUAAUUAGUCAAGAUAUAGAAAAAAUCGCAUCAUUAAAAGACAAUGGUAUCGAUGUAUCUCAAACAAACGGAGACUCUCGGACAGUUUUACACAUCGCUUGUUGUGAAGGUGACAUCAAAUUAGUCCGAGCUCUAUUAGAAAUGGGUGCUAACGUUCAUAUAAAAGAUAGAUUUGAUCACACUCCACUUACUGAAGCUGUAGAAAAUGACCAUCAUGAAAUAAUUAAAUUACUUCGCCAAUGUGGAGCACAUCUUCAUGAGAGUCCUCUAUUAAUAGGACAAAAAUUAUGCAACGCAGCUGCUUUUGGUUGCCUUAAACGUCUCCAGUCAUACAAUAUAGCUGGUGCAGAUUUAUCGCAACCAGAUGUUUCCGGUCGUACGGCCCUUCAUAAUGCAGCGCUUCAUAAUAAACCCUCGAUCGUACGCUUUCUAAUGGAGCACGGAAGCGAUCCUGAGUCUACAGAUAUGUUAGGUCAUACACCAUUUGUGCUAGCAAGGAUUGUUGGUGCAAAAAAUGUACUUAAAAUUCUAGCAAAUACCAGUUUUACAAAUAAUUCUAAUAAUAUUACGACGUAG